AUGCGCUCCGGGGGCCCGUCUCUGGUCGUGGCCAUCACGACUGUGUGCUCUUCAGCCUUUUUGCUGUUCGGUUAUGACCAAGGAGUCAUGUCUGGAGUUGUUAUAUCCAAGUAUUGGCUGACCGAGAUGGGUCACCCUAGCACUGUCAUGACUGGCACAAUCACCGCUCUUUACGAUGUUGGCGCCGUGUUUGGUGCCAUCCUUGCUGCAUUUACAGCCGAACAAAUUGGGCGGAAGCGCGGGUUGAUGACUGGCGCAUGUCUGCUCAUUAUUGGUGCUGCCCUGAUGGGCGCCUGCGUGGAGCGAAUAUUGAUGAUGGUGGGCAGAGUCUUCACGGGACUCGGGAUUGGAUAUUUGACCUCUGUGGCCCCUGUCUACCAAAGUGAAAUCUGUUUGCCCAGCCAGCGUGGUUGGCACCUGUGCUGUCAGCUCACCACUUUGCUCUUUGGGCUACUGCUGGCAUAUUGGAUCAAUUAUGGGUUUUACUUUCACCCUGGUCAAAUUCAAUGGCGGUUCCCAUUGCUGUUCCAGGCUGUUUUUGCUAUCUACAUCCUCAUCAUCACACCCUUCUUACCGGACACCCCUCGAUGGCUCAUGUACCACGAGAGCUCCCCUGACCGCGGAACACUAGUGUUAUCCAAGCUGCGUAACAAACCCGUGGACGACCCUAUAGUGCUCAAAGAAAGAGACGAGAUUCUCGCUGCUAUCAACAUUGAAGCCAAUGAGGACAGCGGAUGGAAAGCGCUUAUCUCUGAUGGAGGAUGCGCCGCCAACAAACGAUUUUUUCUCUCACUCGGCAUCCAAUUCAUGCAGCAGACAUCUGGCAUCAAUAUUGUUAGCUACUACGCUCCGACCUUGUUUGAACAGAACCUGGGCUUCUCGCAGGAGAGAGCUUUGUUUCUCGGCUGCUUUCUUCAGGUGUGGUAUAUUCUCGCCUCGUUUCUCACGUGGUACAUGAUUGACGCAGUGGGCCGCCGACGCCUUUUCAUUAUAAUGGCACUUGGAAUGUGCGUGGUCUUAGUAUGUGAAGCCAUCACCGUUGCCAUUGGAGGUACCGCAGCAGGCAUUGCAGCAGUCUUUUUUGUAUUUGCAUUUGAGGGCUGUUUCACGUGGGGCUGGAUGGCAACAGUAUGGGUAUAUCCAGCUGAGAUUCUCCCAUUGAAGAUCCGGGCCAAGGGCGCCGCUUUGGCUGCGGCGGCAGACUUCCUUGGAAACUUUAUUGUUGUCGAAAUUACACCACCAGCGCUUCAAAACAUUGGCUACAAAACUUACAUCAUCUUUGCCGUCUUCAAUCUCGUUGCCGCCUUUGUCGUGUAUUGCUUCUACCCGGAGACGUCGUAUCUGAAUCUGGAGUCUGUGGAUCUGCUGUUUCUGCCAAAUCCAGAGCGAGACCAGGAAAUCGAGGCCCACCAACAUUUCUGGCACAAGGCUAUCCAAUGGAAUGUGGUUCCCAGAGCCCGCAUGGCAGUCAAUGAGGCCAAAGCACUCAAGCAGUCUGUAUUGGCACUGUCAAUGAGUGAUGCUGAGGCACACGAAGCCCCUUCUAGUUUGAAGACAGAGAAGACUCCGAACAUACUGAGCUUAGGUAGUGAAGUUAAGCGUUGA